GCCCAUUCCACGCUUGACUCGCUCGCUCACCGCUUCCCCUCUAUCAUCCCAAAUCGUCCAAAAACUAUCUCACACUUCCCAAUUUCCCCUUCUAAACCCUCCCAGAACACCUUUCAUACUCGAUCUUUAUCUUUCUCUCUCACUUUAUCAUACUCUUCGUCUUCUUCUCCUUCCUUCUUUGAGAAUUUCCAAUCUGUCGGUGAUUUUCCUAGACGCUUUGGAAAAUGUCGUGGCUGAGAUCUGCGGUGAGCAAGGCCGUGGAGGUGGGGAACAAGAACAACCUCACCCGCACCGUCAAGAACUACGCCGACACCGUCGUCCACCACGCCGGCCAAGCCGUCUCUGAAGGCGCCAAACUCCUUCAGGAUCGCAUUGGGGCCCGGAAUUUUAGGAGUGUUAAGCAGACCAUUAAGAGAUUGGAAGAAGCUGCUGUUUCUUGUAGGGGCACUGAAAGAGUUCAGUUACUGAGAAGAUGGUUGGUUGUGCUUAAAGAGAUUGAAAAAUUAUCUGGAGCUACCCUUGAAGAUAAAGAAAAGACCCUUGAGCAAUAUCUUGGUUCAGAUGAAGGAAAGGAUAGCCCAAAAAGACCAUCUAUGGUUCUGUAUUAUGACUCUGAUGUUGGGGGUGAUCCAAUGAGUUUCCGUGACGUUUUUCUUAAAAGUCAGGCUUUGGAGGGCAUAACACUGUCCAUGAUUCUUGAAGCACCAAUUGAGGAGGAAGUUUCUCUGCUUCUGGAGAUGUUUGGGCUGUGUCUUACUGGAGGAAAAGAAGUUCAUAAUGCAAUAGUGAGCAGUAUACAGGAUCUGGCAAAAGCUUUUUCAAGCUAUGAAGAUGAAGUACUGGUGAAGCGGGAGGAAUUGCUUCAAUUUGCACAAGGUGCCAUUACGGGAUUGAAACUUAAUGCUGAUCUUGGAAGAAUGGAUGCCGAAGCCAUUGGUCUCAAGAGAAAGCUUGAUGAAAUUGCAGCUUCCCAGAAGCCUUCAGAUGAAGGCCUUGAAAAAGCAUCGGAAGAAACAACUUUAGCAACAAUAGAGGCUUUGAAAGAAGCACUUGCGCAAAUUCGAGUUUGUUCCAGAUUGGAAGGACUUUUACUGAAAAAGAAAUUUCUAAACAAUGGAGACACCCAAGAGGUUCAUGCUCAGAAGGUUGAUAAGUUAAAGGUCUUAUCAGAAUCUCUUUCUAGCUCUGCUGCAAAAGCUGAAAAACGAAUUUCAGAUCAUAGAUUGCAAAAAGAGGAGGCACUAAAAGUUCGUGUGACCAAAGCAAGUGAAGUUGGUGAAAGAGAAAAGACAUUAGCAGCUGAGAUAGCAGAAUUCGAAAGACAGAGAGACGAUCUUGAAGCCGAAUUGAAAAAGGUUAAUAUCUCCUUGGCUGCUGCUAAUGCACGUCUUCGCAAUGCCAGAGAAGAGAGGGACCAGUUUGAGGAAGCUAACAAUCAGAUUGUUGCACACUUGAAAACAAAGGAAGAAGAGCUUUCCAAAUCCAUAGCCUCAUCUAGGGUGGAAGCAGAUGUUCUUACUACGUGGAUUAAUUUUCUGGAAGAUACUUGGGUUCUUCAAUGCUCGUAUACGGAAAUUAAGGAGAAGCAGGUCAAUGAUGAAUUGGAGAGGCAUGAGGAUUAUUUUGUGAAGUUGGCCAUUCAUCUCCUUUCUAAUUACAAGAAAGAGUUGGGGCCUUCUAUCAUCCGUAUUAGGAAAUUUGUGGAGAACCUAAAGAUUUUGAGUGAGGGGUCAGAGAAGGCAUCAACUUUGGAUAAUGAGGAUUCAAAAGUAUUAAACCCAAGGAAAAAUCUUGAGGAGGAAUAUUUGGAUUAUGAAGCCAAGAUCAUUACCACCUUCAGUGUAGUGGAUAACAUGAAGGAGCAGUUUUAUGCUCAGCAAGGGAAAAUUUCCAGGAAAGAUGAUCCUAAAAUCAAGGAGCUUUUUGAUGACAUUGAAAAGUUAAGAGCAGAAUUUGAGCUUAUUGAGAGACCAAGUUUAGAAAUGGAGACUCCAACCCCAAAGGCUGAAACUCAAUCUAGCGAGAAGCCACAGAACACUCCAUCUCCUCCAAUUCCGGUUACCGAGACACUAAAAGCCGAUGAGAUAGAUGAGCAGCCAAAGUCACCUGCAAACAAGGCAGAGCACGUGCUAGACGCCGAAGCAGAACUGGCAAAAUUGGAGUCAGAGUUCGGGAAGGUUGGUCCAGACUACUCUGCUGAGGAGAUUGGUGGCUGGGAGUUUGAUGAGCUCGAAAGAGAAUUAAGAGCUGGUGAUUCACCGACCAGCAAAUGAACCAUUAGCUCUGGCUACAUGGUUAUCACUUAUCCACAUGUAAGUACGAUGUGAAUUUGUCAUUUACAUUCUGACCUCCUUGAAGCUGCGUUUUAGAUCUCAAGCUUCUCUUUGUAACUUGUUUGUAAUAUUAUAUGCAGUUCAAUUUUUUCAUUCUUC